AAAUUAGUUGUUGUAUUGUGACUAAUAUAAAGUGGUAGGUAGCGGUAUAGUUUUUUGUCACAAUACAACAGCUAAUUUUAUAUGUUUAGACAAAAUAUACGUGUAAAGAAUACUAGAGGUGUGUGGACAACUGGCUAAUUUCAUUUGUUAAAAAACAAACCAGUAGCCAGUCAAUCGUGACUUAGCUUAACGAGAGACUAGAAGGAAAUGGCCAAGAAGUUGCUUCUCCUUCUUUUACUUAUUAUCUUGAGUUCACAUGCAAAUUGUGGCUCUAUUGUCAAGUUUCUUCCUGGUUUUGAAGGUCCUCUUCCUUUCCAGCUUGAGACCGGGUAUAUUGGAGUUGGUGACCAAGAGCAGGUGCAAUUGUUUUACUAUUUCAUCAAGUCUGAGAAGAAUCCAACAGAAGACCCCCUUCUUAUUUGGUUAACUGGGGGACCUGGCUGCUCUUCUAUCACUGGUCUUCUUUUUGAGAACGGGCCUGUGACAUUUAAGGUUGAGGGUUACAAUGGAGGUACACCCACCUUGCUUUCUACUACAUAUUCAUGGACAAAGGUUGCGAACAUAAUAUUUUUGGACCAGCCUGUUGGGAGUGGCUUCUCCUAUGCAACAACUCAAUUUCUUGAUUCACCUAGUGACUCGGGAGAAGCUAAAAGGAUCCAUGAAUUUAUUCGCAAGUGGUUAAGCGAGCAUAAAGAGUUUAUCUCAAAUCCUUUUUAUGUGAGUGGAGAUUCAUAUUCUGGUAAGAUUAUUCCGGCCAUGGUUCAAGAAAUCUCCAAAGGAAAUGAUCUUGGGUUUAAGCCUCAAAUAAAUCUUGAGGGUUUUGUAAUAGGAAACCCUGUAACAGAUACUGAAUUUGAGCAUAACCAACGCAUUCCAUUCGCACAUGGGAUGGCACUAAUCUCUGAUGAACUCUACGAGUCGUUGGAGAGAAGUGGCAAAGGAAAUUAUGAUAAUAUAGAUCCACACAACACAGAAUGCUUGAAACAUUUCGACGAGUUCUUGAAGGAAUAUACAGAUUUACUAUCUUCCCUCUGGGCCAAUGACGAGAGCGUGCGGGAAGCACUUCAUGUGGUAAAGGGAAGUAUAGACAAAUGGGUACGGUGUUCUUCGGGUAAGCCAUACGAUUCCGACAUCAAAAGCAGCGUACCAUACCAUAUUAAUAAUAGCAUUAAAGGAUACCGAUCUCUCAUCUUCAGCGGUGAUCAUGACUUGAUGGCGCCUUUCAUUUCAACGCAAGCGUGGAUAAGGUCUCUUAACUAUUCCAUUGUUGAGAAGUGGAGGCCAUGGAUGAUACACAAUCAAGUUGCUGGAUACACUCAGACUUAUGCCAAUAAGAUGACAUAUGCUACUGUCAAAGGAGGUGGGCAUACACCAGAGUAUAAACCAAAGGAAAGCUUUAUCAUGUUUCAGAGAUGGAUUAGUGGUCAACCUCUAUAAUAUAAAAGUAUGUAUCAGGUCUCAGAGAUAUAUGCUUCAAUUCAUUAAUUUUAUUCAAGUCUCAAGUCUGAAAAACAAUGAGUGAUGAGAGUAGUGGUACAUGACCUGAAUCAUCACAGCUGUGUAAAUGUAUGUAUCAAAACCAGAGACCAUAUACGCUUCUCUAUUCAGAAACAAUACAAUAUCUAAUUAUCUAAAUUAAGCAUUUUCAAUACAUCAUCGAUGCUUGAUACUUCGAGCUAUGGCUCCAGUUUUGUACAGCACAAAUACAACCGUAUUAUAAAACCGACGGGAAAAGGUUUGAGAAUCUUGACACGGUUUUACAGCUCUCAUCUAACUUCUGCCUUUAUCCUGUGAAGAUAAUGAGAGUUAUUUGGUGAUUCAGAA